GUUUUCUGUACCUUCUUUUAUUUGCUUGAAAGAACAAAAUGAAAUUGAAUAUAUGCAGAUUGGCUACUGUUAUCUCAGUAGCCAGUAUUUUUCUUUGUGGCACUUCUUAUGGUAAAGAGACAUUGGUUGAAGAUUACUUUGAACCGAAGCAUGUCAUGUUCAUGUCUACCUUUGGAGGAUCAUCCCAUGUCAAUUGGGUUUUAUCAAUCUUGAACGAACUUAGCAAGAGAGGACACCGUAUUACAUAUGUUACUAGAGAAAUUCAAGCUAAGCAUGCUAAGCAAUAUCCUCACUUUAAUACAGUCAUACUCAAGGGAAAGGAAACCAAUAUGGAAGGCGCUUUCGCCCAAAAGCACACAGCUAUUUUAGAUGCUGCUGGCACUUUGUUAAAAAGCGGUUACCAUGAUUUCAAAUCCGAUUACAUUGCACUUCGCCAUAUGAUUAAAACGGAAAAUAUCAGUGCCGCAGUUUGUGGUUUUGCAACUGCCCCUGGAUGCUUUGAAGCAGCAAGAGAUUCUAAUAUUCCAUACAUUCUUACAUCAUCUUAUGCAGCAUUUCCAGAUGCUUCAGCUGCUUAUAUUAAUAACCAUGUGCUCACAAUGGAGAAUCCUACUACGUACGGGCUGUCGUUUUUCAAGAGAUUUUAUGACAUGUUUGUUAUACCUGUUCAGGCUUAUUUGCAAAUGAAACCUGUUGGUGAUUGGAUAAACGAACGACGCCGAGAAGCUGGUUGCAACAUCAGGGAUUUGGAAUACGAGCCUUGGACGCACAAGAAUAACAUCAAGCUAGUGAACAGUCUAUUUGGUAUAGAAGCUGCACGACCCUUUGGCCCCUUGGUAGAAAGAGUAGGCCCCAUCAUGCAGCGCCAGUACGAUCCCUUGACGCCAGACUUGAAGGAGUAUCUCGAUAACCAUUCACGUAUCUUGUACAUUGCAUUUGGUCAACAUGCCGUUGCUAGUAUCAAUGAUCUUCAGAUGAUUAUGACAAGCGUGAUGGAAAAUGUCGAACGUGGAGUCUAUGAUGGCUUUCUUUGGGCUUCACGUAAAAGUAGCGAAACAUUUCCUGAAGAGAUUAAGACAUCAUCUGGAAAUAUCUAUCGAGUCAAGGAUAUGUUUGAAGGAAAAUACUCAAAUUUGCGUUUUGUCAGCUGGGCACCUCAGACAGCCGUACUCUUUCAUCCCUCUGUUAACGUCUUCUUGACGCAUGGUGGUGCUGGAUCCAUGUAUGAAGCUCUCUAUGCAGGCAAGCGUUUGAUCGUGUUUCCUUUUUACGGAGAUCAAUUCUUGAAUGCCCAGAAUGUAAAGACAACUGGCUUGGGUGACUUUUUGAACCCUAUAUUAAGUCAAGAAGAAGCAAAUGAUAUGGUUAAGCGUGUAGGGAUUGAUAUCGAUGGCAGCAUUCAACAAAACGUAAAGCGGUACAAAGCUCUUAUUCAAAUUCAUUCUCGAAAUGGUUCGAUUCGCGGUGCAGAUAUUAUUGAAGAAGUACUCUUUGUGAACAAGGAUACCUACUUGCCCUAUCGCUAUCCUGUCUCUAGACAAAUGUCUUUCAUUAAAGCUCGCAAUCUGGACCUUAUCGCCGCAGCUCUUGUCUUGUUUAUGAGCAUCAUUUACUCUUUUGUAUUGUUGGUAAAGGCAGCAUUCCAUCUCAUGCUUGCUUAUAUAUGGCAAAAGGAAGCUCCCAUCGACCCAGCAAACAUCAAGCUAAAGACAAUUUAGAGCCUCAAGAGUACUGUUUUUUGGCGAGUUCUUUUACUAUACAUUAAUUAUUGUAUACUAUUACAAGUUAAAUAAAAAAAAAAGCG